GCCCCGCGACUUUCUCCAAGUUCACGUGCAUCCCGGGGCGGGCGGCCGGGCUCCGCGGGCCCGAACUUCCAGCGCCGGGCCGUCGGGCGCGCUGCGGGGUGCGGACGGUCACCGGACGGCCGGGCGGCGCGGGCCCGGGGCACAAUGAAAGCCGCCGGGCCGGCGGACCGGCGGGCGAGCGCGGGGACAACGCGGGCCCAGCCUCCGCGCGGCCGCUCGUCUAGUGCGGCCGGGGCGCCGAAUGCGGCGGCGGCGGCUGGGCACAGACGCGCCGCGCGCCCGGUGCAUGCUAAUGGCCGGCGGCCGCGCCAUGAAUUAUUCAGCAGCGGCGCAGAGAGGGCGAGCGCGGCGCGGAGGGCGGCCCGGCCCGUGUGUCCCCCGCCGCUGCGAAGCCGCCGCGGCGACUUCCCAAACUUUCCCGGGUCGGCACCGAGGAUGCGGCCCCCGCGGCGCCUCCGUCCCCGCCCGAGCGCGCCGGCCGCGCUUCCCCCGUUGCCGCCUAUUUUAUGUCUUUUGUCUCGGAGUUGGCACCUGUCCCAGAGAGCGCGUUUCCCUGCCCACCCCUUCGCCGCCGGAUCAGGGCGGGGGAGGGGGUACGGGGGACCUGGAGAGGAGGGGACGGGUUGGGGGGGAGCAAGGCGCCUACGGCCCCGCAGCCCGGGGAGACCGCCCGGGGGCAGCGGCCGUGACGCGCUCCCGGGCGCCCCUGUUCCGCGGGGAGGUCAGGGCUUCGGCUGUGCCCGGAAUACCAACAAGGCCGCCCGGGGCCCCCGGCCGUGCCCGCUGCGGAAACAACUUCCUGCUCCCCCGGCCCAGGGCGCAGGAGCUGCGGGGAGAAGUUCUAGGCCGCAGCUUUGCUAUCUUGGAGCCGGACGACGACACUGCUGCCCACGGGCCGCGCGGUUCCUUCCCGCGCCCUCUCCCGCGGUCGCGACCAGCCGGGCUCCAGGGUCCGGACACUGGUUAGAAUGACAAGAAGGCCGCAGCUGCUUUUUCUGCCUGCUCCGCAGGAGCGCCUGAGUGGUUUCUGGCGCUUGGGGACGCCGACACGGGGUCGCUGUGCUCGGACCCCAUCCCCCUGCCUGGGCAUGCCCUCUCUCGGAGCCAGAUGGACCUGGUUGUCCCCGGAUGCCCGCGACAGGGGCCCGAGAGAAAGAAGGCCUCCUGGGCCCCAUCCCAGUGUCUCUCUGUGCCUGUCUCCCCGCCCCCCCCCCCAGCCGGCCUUGGCAUUCUAACCAGUGUCCCUUGACGUCACAUCUCGCCAUUUCUGUCAACCAAUUGAAACUUGCCCGUUGUCAUAAAAAUAUAUAUACUUUUUAUGCCAUUGGUAAAUUCAAAAGUU